CAAUGAAAUGUCAGGGUCGUCAGGGUUUACCAUACACAACUUGCUGCAACUAGACGGUCAAAUAAUUCAGUUAAGCUGAUGGUCGAAUCUGACUAGUUGCCGCAAGAAGAAAUAUAUACCGUGGUCCAUCCAACAAUUGCUAGGUGUAGAAUUUGGUUGAUUACCGUGGGUGUUGUAUAUGUGACAAUUCCAAAGAGUAACGAUUUAAUGCAUGGUGCGUAGAGUGCAAAGAACGCAAAGAAUGUUGAGGUAUAGGAAUGUUACGUCGCUCUUCAAGGUUGUUGAUGGAAGCUGUUCAGAAUAAUGUUAAGACAAAUAGUGGAUGUGUAACAAAGCCAAUAAGUACAGAUACGUUGGUGGUGAAACAUGAUGAUGUGAACCAGUUGUUUUACAUCCAGCUGGACACUGAUGUUGCUUUCAUUCAGUAUGAUAAAUAUAACAGUAUUUUAGAUUAUUAUGAAACUCAAGUACCACCAGCUAUCCGGGGGAAGGGUAUAGCUAAGAUCUUGGCAAAGGCUGCAUUUGACUAUGCUGUGAAAAAUGAUCUAAAAAUGAAAGUUACGUGCACCUACUUACAGAAGUACCUUGAAGAACACGCCUCACCAGAGUACACAAGCCGAAUUGUUGAGUAAACACAUGUUUAAUUCACUGAUUUGGAGUACAUGAAAUUAGUGUCAAGUCAAGAGAUAUGUAAUUUACCUGCGAAUAUGGAGGAGAAAGACUUGAAAGCCAAGGUCCACUAUUACUGUCGAGAAAAGCUGUAUCAUGCAAUGCAAACUGCUGCUCUUGAUGGCCUACGCAAGUAUCCAGGUGACGUCACAUUUCGCCUGUACAAUGGAUUAUCACUGGUACUGGGACGUCGUAUACAGGAAGGAAUUCGAGAAUUGGAACCACUUCAGACUGACCAGGAUGUUAUGCUGGGCAGUAUACUGGCACUAAUAUUUGCACACCGACAUUGCAGUGUUGUGGACAGGGAAGCGCUUGCUCAGCUGGAUUCACGACUUAAAGAAGAACGCAAGCGUGCUGGUGAGAUGGGACUGUAUCAUGGUGCAGUAGUUCUUUUCCAUACAGGUAAACCAGAGAAAGCUCGUGAGUAUGCUGAUAGGCUUCUCAAAUCUAAUUCCAAUUCUCCAGAUGGACUUGUAAUUAAGGGAUGGAUUGAAAUGUAUGCUGGGAAGGAAGGCAAGGUCAAAGAUAUUCUUCAGUACUUUCAGUCAGCCUUGGAACUCAGUCCAGGCAAGAGAAAUAUUGAUGCUAUGUUUGGUAAAGUUCGUUUUCAGGAGCUUCAGAAUGACUUUGAAGGUGCAAUUGGUCUUCUUAACCAACUGGUAGUGAGGUUUCCUGCAUUUUCUCCGCCUUUGGUGGAAAAAAUGAAAAACCAGCUUGCAUUACUGGACUGGGAUCAGGCUAUUGAGACAGCAAACAGAAUUCUAGCAGCAGAGCCCCACUGCUUGGAGGCUCUGAAAUUAAAGGUUCUUAUACUUACUUGCCGAGAAGGAAAUUAUGAAGAGGCAAGUCUGAGCUUGCGACGUUUCUACAGUGAGAUGGAGAAAUCUGAACCUAAGAAUGCUGAUUUAUUUGUGGAAAAUGCUCAGCUAUUUUCAAGGGUGUGUGGACGAAAUGAGGCUAUUCUGGCUGAGACAUACCGCUUCGCUGAGAGAGCCGCUCAACUGGAUCCAUCCAGCGCCGACUUUAUGACAGAGUUGGGUUAUCAGUGUUUAUUGCAGGGCAAGAUCAAAGAGGCUGUAAGACUGUAUCGUAGUGCCACCAAAGUGGACGAUUCAUCUGUAUCAGCAUUAAUGGGGUUGACAUUAUGCCAGUUGAGUGAGAGUGGAGCUAAUGAUCAGGUGCGCCAACAGGUGGAGUUCCUUCGAGAAGUAGAGGGUGCUCAGUCAACCCCCAGAUUAUUACUCAUGUCAGCAAGGCUUAUUUCUCAUGAUGCUGAAAAAGCUGUUGGAUAUCUGAACGAGGCUGUUGAAACUCAUUUCAGGACCUUGCGCACUUUACCGUAUGGAUUUAAAUACUUGAGGACUCUUGAUCCAGAUUUUUUGCUUCAGGUUGUGAAAGAAUAUCUGAUAUAUGCCCCAGUUUCAUCUUCAACUGUUGCUGCUGGUGGUGCAGCACCACUGCAACAAGGUCAGCCAUUACCAGUGACUGUGAAGCAGAGCUUGACAAUUCUGGAAGCAGUGAGCAAGGCUUGUCCAGGUCACCCAGAAGCACUGUACCAACUUGCAUAUGUUCAGUUCCUGAGUGGAGACACUAAAGCUGCCUCUGUGACUUUACAGCACAUCUUGGAUGAUGUAGAUGCAACUCGUGCUGAUGCACAUCUGCUUAUGGCACAAAUUCUAGUUCAACAAGGCCACUACCAGCGGGCAGCACAUAACCUAGAAGCAGGGCUUAGUUACAAUUUCAAAGUCCGUGAAUAUCCCUUAUACCACCUCAUCAUGGCACUGGUACAGAAACAGCAAGGAAAUAUUAAGGAAUGCAUACAGACUCUGCAGACAGCCAUGUCUCUUAGUGGUUUGAAACCAGGAAGUGGAAGUCGGGUUCGGACUGGAGGUGGGUCACCUGAACUCUCCUUGCCUGAUAAGGCAUCUCUGUACCUCGAACUGGUAGAGGCAUAUAAAUCAGCUGAACAAUUGCAUGAGGCUGCAAAGUUCAUGCAGGAUGCCAUUGAUGAAUUUCAGGGCACUACUGAAGAAGGUCGUGUAAUUAUUGCUAAUGCCAAUCUAGCGUUGUACAGGGGAGAUACAAAAUUAGCCUUAGAACUUCUUCAGAGCAUAGGACCAGGCCAAACAUAUUACCAGCAAGCACACUGUAAGAUGGCUGAUAUUCACCUCAAUCAGCACAGAGAUCGGCGUGCAUUUGCUGAAUGUUUCCGUGAACUGGUAGAGAAUUCACCUGGUCCUCAGAGUUUUGUGAUGCUUGGUGAUGCAUAUAUGUCCAUUCAGGAACCAGACAGAGCUAUUGAGGCUUAUGAACAGGCUCUGAAACGCAACCCUCGUGAUGCAGCUCUUGCUUGCAAGAUGGGAAGGGCUCUUGUAAAAACUCAUCAGUAUGGUAAAGCUAUUAACUAUUAUAAGGAAGCAGUGAAAGGGGAAGGUGCUGGCCAAUUGAAACUUGACAUGGCAGAACUAUACAUGAAGUUGAGACAAAACGAUAAGGCUGAGAAAGCCCUUACCCAGGAGCUGGAAAGUAAAGUUGACAGCAGUGACAUGUUAGCGCUGACUGCCAGAACCAAGCUGCUCUUAUUGUUGGCAAAGGUGCGUGAGAAAGCUGGAAAUAUUCAGGCAUCUCUUACAACACUGAAAGAUGCUCGUGAAAAUCAGAGUCGUGUGCUGAAAAGAACAAUGAUUGAACAUUCUGGUGGGAGUAUCGAGGAACGUCAAGUGGCUGCAAACAUCUGUCAGCAAAUGGCAGAAUAUGCCAGUAUGUUGAGAGACCAUGACGCUGCCAUUCGCUUCUAUAAGGAGGCUCUUGCUUACUCACCAGAAGAUACGAACACAUUGGUUGCCUUGGCCAGACUGUAUAUGCAGGUAAAUGAUUUGGAGCAAUGUCAGAACAGCUGCAUGACUUUGCUCAAGGCAGACAGCAACAAUGAGGCAGCUACUGUGAUGAUGGCUGAUCUGGCUUUUAGGAAAGUGGACUUUGAGACAGCUGCUUUCCAUUUCCAGCAGUUGCUUCAAAGACGUCCUGAUUAUUGGACUGCUCUUGCAAGGUUAGUUGAAGUGAUGCGCAGGACUGGGAAUUUGGAAGAGGUACCAUUCUAUCUGGACAAAGCAGAGGCUGCUUGUCAGCGUGCUAAUCAAGAGGCUGGUCUCGCUUACUGCCGAGGCCUUUAUGAAUGGUAUUCUGGAAAUGCAAAUUCUGCUCUCCGUCACUUUAAUGGAGCACGACGUGACCCUGAAUGGGGUCAACAAGCAGUUUAUAAUAUGAUUGAGAUCUGCCUUAAUCCUGAUGAUGAAACGUUAGGAAGUGAGUCAAUGGAAAGAGAGGAUGAAGAAUUCCGAAGUUCCCGUGAAAUGGCUUUAAGGAUGGCUGAACGGCUUCUGAAAGAACUUCAGCCUCGUCCAGGUGGUAUUGGUGGAGAUGAAGUUUUAAAUCAUCGUCUUCUUGGUAACUUCUUGCUUUUGGCGACCCGUAAGAAACCAAAUGUUGAGCAGGCAUUGCAGGAUUUUGCAUCUCUUGCUAGUCAGGAUGCUUACAGGGAUCAUGUUGGUACUGCUCUUGGCUUAGCAACAGCUUACAUGUUGCUCAAACAAACACCACGAGCAAGGAAUCAGUUGAAGAGAGUUGCAAAGAAUGUGUGGAACUUUGAGGAUGCAGAAUAUUUAGAACGCUGUUGGUUGCUGUUAGCAGACAUAUACAUUCAGAACAACAAGUAUGAUAUGGCAAGUGAACUGCUCCGUCGUGUAUUGCAGCAUAACAAGGCAUGCACUAAAGCAUACGAGUAUGCAGGUUAUAUAGCCGAAAAAGAUCAAGCAUACAGAGAUGCUGCAAACCAGUAUGAAUAUGCCUGGAAAUAUGGAGGUAAGGCAAACCCUACAAUUGGGUACAAGCUUGCAUUUAAUUACAUGAAAGGCAAGAGAUAUGCUGAUGCCAUUGAUGUAUGUCAGCAGGUACUGAAAAUACAGCCUGAUUAUCCUCGCAUACGCAAAGAGAUUUUGGAGAAAUCAAGGAACAAUCUAAGAACUUAAGAAAAUACUUAAAUUACACAUU